UCGGUGGUUUCACUGCGCGUUGGCAGUAGCGUAGGUCUAUCUCACUCAUAGACAAAUGUUUCGUAAAGCUAGUCUCUUGUGAUGACACUGAUAGUGAAUUUUGAAAUAAAGUUAGAAUUAAUUUCUUAAACGUCAUUUAUAAGUAACAUUUUACGCAAGGAGAUAUUAUCUAAUUAAUAUAUAAAUAUAUCUUCGUAUAUAGAAGAAGAAAAAAAACUACUACAAAAUAUAAAGAGGAAAACGAAGUUUAAUUUAACACAUCAGUCAACAAUGAAAGUGAAUAGUUUAGCCGGAACUGUCAAAUUAAGUCUACUGAGUGUAAUAUAUCUAUGUCUAAGCCUUUCUAUUCUGGGUCGCCCGAGUUUAACUUCUGAAGCUUUGAACGAAAAGAUUAUAAGUGAAAAGAGAGGACACGACGAUAUAAAUCAAGAUGAGAGCGAUGGACUGAAAACUUUCAAUUCCACUUCAACAGAAUCGGAGUCAGGAGAUUUCAACCAUCCUACCUUCGGUGAAGAUAUUCCAAAAAACGUCACAACACAACUAGGGAAAAUGGUUUUCCUGCACUGUGUGGUCCACAACAUCGGUGACAAAACUGUGUCAUGGAUACGGAGAAAGGAUUUCCACCUGUUAUCGGUUGGGCACGUGACUUAUACGGCUGAAAAAAGAUUUAAGGUGGUAUAUGUUGAAGAUUCAAACGACUGGAUCCUACAGAUGGCGUCAGUGCAGCCUGGGGACGCUGGAUCUUAUGAAUGUCAAGUUAACACUCAUCCUAUGAUCAGCUACUUUGUGUAUCUCACAGUUCUCAUCCCAGAAGCCGCCAUUGCGGGUGCUCCAGACUUGCACUUCGAAAGUGGCAGCACUAUCAACCUAACCUGCAUCAUUACCCGCAGUCCCUCACCCCCAAUCUAUGUAUUCUGGUACCACGGUGACACUGUGAUCAAUUACGACCCUUCACGAGGCCACACGACACUACAGAAGAUAAACGAAGACACGGCUCUCAGCUCCCUUAAUAUAAUAAACGCCAAGACCAGUGACUCGGGAAACUACACUUGUUGCCCGUCCAAUGCAGACGCUACAAGCAUUAGCGUACACGUUUUGAAUGGAGAACAACUGGCAGCCAUGCAGCACGAUGCCGAAACGUCAUCUUCCUCCAGUGACUGUUACUGCACGCUUCUUCUAGUCGUUAUUUCCUGGGUUUCUAUCACCCUAUUGAUUCGGCCUUGCUGAUCAGCGACUUUUAGUUUUAGCCUACACUUGACGACACCAGCUCCGUCCCCCAGGAACGUUAAGGAUGGAACAUGUAAAUAAACGUCCUCAACACUUCAACCCAUCAGCUUCUCGAGACUGGUUUCAAGGAAUAUUGUUCUCAGACGUGACUUUUGUAAUGUGUGCUGCUCAAAGACUAACGAGAAAGAAACACACAAAUUAUACUAUGUAGCUUUUCCUCACCGUCUCCGAUAUCACGGCGCUUGUUUUCUCUAAUUUACUCCAAGAGCUGACCAUUUCUUCAAACCAGAGAUGGAAAACUAACAGGAACACUGUCUGUUAGUUUUGAACUCUAUGUCGCUUUCUUAUAUGGCUUACCAGUAUCAUAGUUUUUAUUCUGGAUAUAUUUGGCAUGAAGGGAGAGUAUUUCUAGCUUUAAUUAGUGUUAAGGUAUUUAAACACCGUGUCAGUAGAGUUCUUGAAAACAUAAGGCCAUGGUAAUAAGAUGAACAACAAUUUAUCGUAGUUUUUUUCUGUUUUAUUAAAGAAUUACAAAAUAUUGUUUGAAAUAUCGUAACUUUGUUUCGUACUUUGUUAAGCCUUAAAGUGAAUACAUGUGUCAAAACUAUUGUACUUCCUAUACGGUGUGAGACAUUUUAUGUUUUAUUGCGAAUGUUGGAUUUUUCUUGUUACGUGAGGUUUGAGAACAAGUUAGUUUCAUGUCUUAAUAAACUAUUAUUUUGGUUA